AUGGCUCCCUUUGAUUUCAAGUCCAACAAACACUUUGUUGCUUCAUCCGAUGGAGCUAACCUUCAAGUAUAUGAGUUGACCAAGCCUACUCUUUAUCAUCCAUCUUCCAUCAGAAAGAGUCAUUGGAGGGAAGUUGCAAACAUCAACGACGAUGACGAUGACGACGAUGAUGACAUGGUGGACCAAACCAAGAAAUACGAUGGAUUGCUGUUCUUCGAUGGUCAUGGAAAGAUCGAGGGACGGGUAGCGUUGACAAAGCUGGCACAACACUUGAAGCGGCUGAGUUUGAUGGUGGGGCCUGGAGGGCUCUGCUUCCAAGAUGUGAACGAGACGGGAGAGUAUGCAGACUUCGGCAUUCACUACCUCCGACUGAACGAUUUGUUCAGCUGGCCACGCCAUGGAGUCGACCUCGCCACAACUAUCACGUGGGGGCGUUCGGAGCUGAAGUACCACGACCCCAGACAUGUUGAGCGGUCGAAACAGACGGAAGGAGGCAACACAGUUACUAUGGAGAUGCACGAGCAGUUGAAAAGACUGGUGAAAGAGAAGAACGAGGAGCUAGCGCAACUGAAAGAGGAGGCGGACGACGAGCUGCAAAACUUAAGGGAGGAGAAGGAAGAUGAGCUGAGAGAAGAGAUAGCGAAGCUGAAUGAAGCAAAAAAUGAAGAAUUGCUAAAGCUAAGAAAGGAGAAAGACGAGGAGUUGAGGGAACUAUCAAAGAAGAAGAAUGUUGAAUUGCGAAUACUUAGGAAAGGACAAGGAGGUGGAGCUGCUUUGCAAAAGUUACGGGAGGAGAAGGAAGAAGAGGUGCGAAAGUUGAGGAAUGAGUCGGAAAAGGAUAUGCAAAAGCUAAGGGACCAACUGUCCUCAAGCGCGACUGAGCUUACAAGCGUCAAGCAGGCGUUGGGGGUAUACGUCAAUAGCUCAUCGGUGUUGUCGCCUGGGGGGAGGGUCCUUCGUGAUUCCAGCUUUGAGGAGCUCUGGAGAUAUCACGUCGGCAGAAGACGCCCGGUGCCGCCGGGGAUCUUUCAUGUCACACACCGUGAUGAUUUUUUCGCACGUCAAGAUUGGAAAUCGUACGUGCCUACAUUCACGGAGAGAGAAUACAGUGGCGGUUACCUGGAAGCCUACAAUCUGGUGAACGACGAUACUACGAAGGAGCUGCCGGCUCCACCCAUUGUACAUGUGAUAACUGCCGGCGAAGCGGAGUUCGACGUGAACAACUGGUGGUACGAGAAAACGACCCAUCCGGAAGGCGGGACGACGAUGCUGGCAUAUUACGACGGGGAUCGGAAUCGGUUUCAACACCAUUCCAAAGGAACUAUUCGGAUCCCGUAUUCCAAGGGAGCUCGUUACUGUCUGGCUCGGAAUUUCUACCUGGGUUAUCUCUGUGGGAAAAUCGUGUUUUGUUUCAGGUAUAGAAAUUAG